AUGACUUCGCACAUCGUCCAGAUCACCAAUCGAGCCGAGCAUGAUCAAGUCGUAGAUACCUCGAAGCAGACACCCACUGUCAUCUAUGUCUCAAACAGCUCUCACCCAGCCUGCCGAGAACACAAUCCGAAGUAUGAAGAGCUGGUCAAGAGGAAGCAGGACACUGGCGUGCGAUUCGCGCAGAUGGAGUUCAAUACCGAUACGAGCAUGCUCUUCAAAUUCGCUCCCAACCAGCUCCCGGUGACGGUGCUAAUGGUGAGGGAUGCAUGGUGUAAGACCUUCAUGGGACCGGACAUGCGAGGCUUAGAGGAAGCGUUGGAGAUGUUGGUUCAAGAGGCGAAGAAGGGCGGUCUCGAAUCAUACAGCAAAGAGCCACUCCUUCCACUUCGGGAAAUCGAGUCACUGUCUGCCGCCUUGCAUCGCUUGCAUGGCGCUAAGGUGCGGCUAGUCCAGACAUCACCAGCUACCGGGCUCCAUUUCUCCCACCACGAAGCACGACCUUUGCCCCGAUCACACGCCGAAUCUCUCACCAAGACAUUGACUAAGUCCCGACGACACCGCAGCUUCACUAUGGCCUUUACGGCGAACCAGAAGCGCAAGCUCACUCCUACAACCCACAAGCUAACAUGGACACAUGAGAUGAGGGUUGUCCUUCACAUGAUCUUCGAGGAGUUCGUGUUCGACAAAGCGAAGAAAAAGGAGAUCUUUGACACAAUCUUCCAAGAGCACAUUGCAAAGUGCGGUCUUACAGACGGUACUAGCAGAGCGUAUGCCUCGCAAGUGGCCGAAGCAAGCAAUAGCGAAGUCCCUCUCAGCGCACAGGCAGCCAUAGGCCACUGGCAACCGGACACGCCGAUCGUGUCGAGAGGCAAGCGGUCGCGUAGAGACUCGGCUGCAGCACCUCACCCAAAGCGACAACAACUGAACGAGAUGGUACUCGCUCAGGGGACUAUACUUCACCAUCGACAACCGAGCAGACAAGGUGCAAGCAAAAGCACAAGCACACGCAAAGCCUCGACAUCAUCCAGUCUCGCUCGCACACCAACCAAGAUCGUGGGGAAGAAAAAGACGCAGGUCCCAAAAUCGCCGCGAACACGACGGGACGGCACUAUCAUCCGAAUUCCAGACCAGGAAGAAAUCAAUGUUGAAGUGGCGCCGGUGGCACAAAAUCUCGCCCAGCCGGAUUUGCCAGAUCUGUUGUUUCGCUGGUGGAAGAAGGACCCAGAGUGCGAUCGCGACAGCGAGAAUGGGUUUUGGUCUCGGAAACACCACAAUUCAAAUGCGAUACCAUUGACUCCUCCGAAGGCUUGCAGCAUCGAUGCUACCGAUAUACUCAACCAUAUGGACCGAAAGAUGAAGGAAACUCCGUUCAUCUCCACGACAGACCGCCUUUUAUGGAUGGUGCAGCGUAUUAUCAAAGGCAUACAGGCUGGACAAGAGAACAUGUAUCUCUCCGUCAUCAGCGUCAAGGAGCUGGAUCCACGAGCAGUCUUCCAUGCACGCGCGUUUCACGAUGCGGUGCGACCAACAAGAGGGUUCAGCAAUGGCGCCCAGAACUAUCGUGGAUGUAGUGAGUGGUUAGUCUGGCGAGACAUUCCAAAACGUGCCAUUAUCCGAACCUUCGAAGCUACGGAGCUCAUCGACAUGAUAGACUCGAACCCAGGAAUCGCGAGUGCUCUCCGCCUGGAGGUCCUCCGCGGCAGAGAGUGCCUGAAUACGAAGAAGGUGCCACUACUUCGAAGACAGAACAUCGCGCUCUCGGCCGACACCAUUCCUGCAAUCGCCAAUGUCGCCAUAUUCCUCGGUCUCAACGCCCACUCUGCUAUGGAGCACAUUACCCACAUUGUCCGCGACAUUGUCGAGGGCUGGGGCUUGACACUCAAGAAGCAAACCGAACAGGAUUGGCAGCAUCUGGCAGGCGUAUUCGAGGAAGAGCUUUGUCGUCACUCCCCAAGCCCAAUUACUUUGAGAACCCGAGUCUGCGUGCAAACAGCUUUCUUGUCGGGUGUUGCGGCCGGCACCGGCAAGGUCAAUUACAGAUUCAAGCCAGACUUGCUCCCGCAGCAGCAGGAGAGAGCAGCUUUGCUCGGACUUGCUUCACCAGCUGCUGUGAUUGCACACAGUCUAGACGGAGCGAAGUUGACCGUGCUGGCUCCCCUUGUUGGAAAACACGCAGACUCUGGUCGGAGGAGAUGA